AUGGUAGCAGCACCACAGCAAGCGACUAGUCAGGUUGCUCAAAACGGGAGCACCACAUUACCGAGAUCUCAUCAUCAAAGAACAGGUAGACCACCUGCAGCCCCAAAAUCUUAUGACUACCUCUUAAAGGUGCUUCUUGUAGGAGACUCUGAUGUGGGUAAACAAGAAAUUUUACAAGACUUGGAAGAUGGAUCUGCAGAUUCACCAUUCUGCAGUGGAAGUGCAUACAAAACGACUACAAUUCUACUUGAUGGAAAGAGAGUUAAACUCCAACUGUGGGACACUUCCGGUCAAGGUCGUUUCUGCACUAUCAUUCGCUCAUACUCCCGUGGUGCUCAAGGCAUACUUUUAGUCUAUGACAUAACAAACAAGUGGUCUUUUGAUAGCAUUGACAGGUGGCUUGAAGAAGUUGAGAAGCAUGCACCUGGUGUGCCAAAAGUAUUAGUUGGCAAUCGGUUGCAUCUCGCAUUCAAACGACAAGUGCAAGAACGCGACGCCGAAUUGUAUGCGGCGAAAAAUCACAUGGCAUUUUUUGAAGUGAGCCCUCUAUGUGACUUCAAUAUUAGAGAGAGUUUCUGUGAGCUAUCACGCAUGGCUCUACAUAGAAAUGGCAUGGAAAGAUUGUGGAGAAGCAAUAAAGUGCUCAGCCUGCAGGAGCUCUGUUGUCGUGCUAUUGUGGCGCGGACAUCUGUAUAUGGUUUAGAGCGAUUACCAUUACCUACCACACUGAAAUCUCACCUGAAGUCAUACGCAAUUUCUGCUGCACCCAGCAGGCAUCGGGCUCGCCUUUCCAAACACCCACAUAACACGCGACUCAACUGCACCGGUAGAAAUUCCUGUACUAUUACG